UAUUCCAUUUGGACCAGUUUAACGUUUACAAAGAAAGUCCUACAAGACUGCUUCUUGUUGGCUUUCCCAAGAUCCCAUCCAAGAUGCUUCACUCAAAGCUUCUUCUCCCAUGAUUAUAAUGCCCCACCAACAGUGCGUCCGGCGGGCCCCUGGAUCUGUCCAGUGUUUCAACAGAAUUUGUGAACAGACCCAGGGCCACCCUUUAUUCCAGACUCCGGUCGCCCUCCAGCCGCUGGUGCAGCCUCAACCCUCUGUACAGCCUCAACCAUCGGAACCAUCUCCUCAGCUACCCUCUGCCUCUGGGGCCAACCAACACCGGUUUUUGAGCUUAGCUCCCUGUUGCCAACCAACCAUGAGCUGUCAGGUUCGCCAGAAUUACUCCACCGAGGUGGAGGCCUCCGUCAACUGCCUAGUCAACAUGCACCUGCGGGCAUCCAACACCUACCUCUCCCUGGGCUUCUACUUCGACUGCAGCGAUGUGGCUCUGGAGGGCUUGGGCCGCUUCUUCCAAGAGUUGGCCCAGAAGAAGCUCGAAGGCGCCCAGAAGCUCCUGAUGUUGCAAGAACAGCGCAGCGGCAGCUCCCUCUUCCAGGAUGUGCAGAAGCCGUCCCACGACAAGUGGGGGAAAGCCCUGGACGCCAUGGAAACUGCUGUGGUCCUGGAGAAGAACCUGAACGAGGCCCUUUUGGAUCUGCACGCCCUGGCUUCCUCCCGUGCGGACGCCCAUCUCUGUAACUUCCUGGAGAGCCACUUCCUGGGCGAGGAGGUGAAAAUCAUCAAGAAGAUGGGUGACCACCUGACGAACCUCCGCAGGGUGUCCUGCACCCAGGGCGGGCUGGGCGAGUAUCUCUUCGAAAGGCUCACCCUCAAGCGUGACUGUCAGCCUCUGGAGCCCAGCGACCUUUGAGGGGCCCCUCUGACAUCCCCUUAGUCCCGGAGCUUCUGUCUGGGUUUGUCCGAGCAGCCAGCUGCCAAGCAGCUU